UGGACUGCGGAGGUUGAAAGAGGAGGGUACAGGGGAUGUCGUUGGCGUGUUGCGGCGGCUGUUGGUUCAGUGCUGGCUGGUGGUGCCGGAUGGACGUUUGGUCGUUUGUGUAACGACACGACACGUGGAAAUUCCCUCGCGAACCGUGCGUCCGUUUAAUCCGAUCCGAAAUCACACGCGUCGUUACGCGCACCGACGUACAAUAAAUCCGAGUUUCGUAGAAUAAAACCGAGAGUGGCGAUUGAUCCCCAGAAGGCAAGUAGAGAAAGGCCGACAGGAUUCUAAUGCUAAGCCCCAGCUGCGUUACAACUCGCUCUUUCUCUUUGUUACCUGGAAAUCUUCCUAUUGGUGCGAGCAAGAAAGAAACUUGCCUUUUUUAUAUUGGCAUCCGCGUUAGUACUUGGAACGCUCGUGGUGUAUAAUUUGUAAUCGAUUGGGAAUCGGUUUCAAGGAAGUUGAAGACACGGAAUCGCUUAAUAAGUAUUAGCAUGCAACUUAUCGCACGAGGAAACAUCUAUUCUUCAAUUGAGAAAAUUAGAGAAGCUUGAUAUCUACAGAGAAACUAUUUAACAAACGACAUAAUUACUGUCCUUGAUGCGGACGACCUUUAAUAUUACAUGAAAUAUGUCUUAAGAAAUUUCAAACAAAUUUCUGUUAGUUUUGUCAAAUAUUUAUCUUCGAGGAGACCUCAGAGAUAUCGUGGGAAUAUUGAAAAGACAUUUAGUUCCUGUCAGAGAGGAAAUCUUUCUUCUCUCUCAAGAUAGAAUCCUAAGAAGAUAUAAUUUUUAAUAAUAUCUGGUUUGCAGAAAUAAUCAUAUAAACAGAUAUAAUCAUAUAAUUCUGUAACGUUAAUAAAUGUUCAUGCUUCAAAAAAAAAAGCAGUGAUAUCAACAAGGUGACAAUAAUUCAGAAUUUUCUGAAGUUAUCUCUGAGAUAAUAAAUUCUCACGCGAUUGUAUUCAUAACGCUAGACAAGUUAUCGAAAAAAAUUUUCAUCAAAAAUUUACGAACUUGUAUGUUGGCCUGAUAACGUAUGAUAAAAGACGUUGAUAACAGCACGUAAUAAAUUUAAACGUGACGAAGCGAGGAGAAAACUACGCCAAGUUCGUGCCACUGUAGAAGGUUACUAUACCGAGCGUCCGAAACGAAGAAGAGUCACAAGCGAGAAUAGAUUUUUCAAACAAUAGCUCCAUUGACAGUGGCGAUUCUCGCGAAACGCGAAAAGUGCGUCUAUUGAAGCUAACGAGUUUGUCCCACCUCCGCCGAUACAGCUUACGUAAUCGCGUCAGAGACGGUCCGAUCGUGUGUUAACGAUGACCUUGAUGAUCUCUCACCGGUGGACCGGCGGCUCGGCUGCUUCAAGGAAACGGAGCCGGAGAUGAUGCCGAAGACGAGCUGACACCGGUUGUCAUCCCGACGAGAGGACGAGACCUCUCGGUACUUUGGGAGAUGCCACGGGCUUUCCCUCAGCGAAAGUGCGAGCGUAGCACGAAGAGUUGAGUAAGAAAAAGAGAGUAACCACGUGGGACACGAUUCACGUGCCGGAUGAGAGAUGACGGUCAGCUACACUGCCGAGGUAGCCACUUGCAGGGGCUUCGGUUGCUUCCUCAAGUUGCUGCUCAGAUGGCGGGCGAGCGUUUACAAACUCGUCUGGCUCGAUUUGACGCUCUUCCUCUUUCUCUACUAUUUCCUGUCCGGCAUCUACCGAUUGCUGCUGAAUGAGGAGCAGAAGAGGGUGUUCGAAUCCGUGGUGGCAUAUUGCAACGAAUACAGUGACCUGAUACCGCUGUCGUUCGUCCUGGGUUUCUAUGUCAGUAUCGUCAUGACCAGGUGGUGGAAUCAAUACAUGGCCAUACCAUGGCCCGAUUCCAUCGCGGUCUUCGUAUCGGCCACUAUACACGGGAACGACGAACGCGGUCGUCUAAUGCGUCGUACGAUCCUUAGGUACGUGUGUGUCUGCCUGACUGUGGUCUUAACGAAUGUUGCGCCGCGCGUCAAAAAAAGAUUUCCCACUCUGGAGCAUUUCGUGGAGAGCGGCCUCUUAUUGGAGAACGAGCUGUCGAUAUUCCAAAGUCUAAACGCGAAAUUCCCAAAGCCGAGCAAGCACUGGCUGCCGAUAGUCUGGGCUUCCAGUAUCGUAACGCGUGCCCGGAAGGAGGGUCGAAUACGUGAUGACUUCGCAGUUAAAACUCUCAUCGAUGAACUUAACAAGUUUCGCGGAAUGUGCGGCAGUAUAUUACACUACGAUACGAUUAGCGUCCCGUUAGUGUACACUCAGGUUGUAACAUUAGCCGUGUAUACAUAUUUCUUAACCAGCGUAAUGAGUCGUCAGUGGGUUCAAAAAUCAAACACGACGAUCGAUCUGUAUUUCCCGAUAUUCGCGACGUUGCAAUUUUUUUUCUACAUGGGCUGGUUGAAAGUAGCCGAAACGCUAAUCAAUCCGUUCGGUGAGGAUGACGAUGACUUCGAAGUAAAUUGGUUGAUCGAUCGCAAUUUACAAGUAAGCUAUCUGAUUGUUGACGAGAUGCAUCACGAGCAUCCUGAACUCAUACGCGAUCAAUAUUGGGAUGAGAUUUUCCCCACGGAACUCCCGUACACUGCUGCAGCACAGCCCCGCGAGGAACCGCCUGAACCCUCAACAGCCGGUAUACAAUUGUCUGCCGCUCAACAAGAAUUGCAACCGUCAUCGGUCAAAAUUGACGAUAUGGUACCGGAUGAUCAGAAAUUUCGUUCCGACAUCGCCGACGAUGCCGCGUCGGGGAUACAUUUCACCGCAAGUGGAAAACUGUCCCGAAGCAGUACAGAGAGUACUGAGAAAUUAAUAAGAAGCGCCAGCAGAAUGAGUAAUCGAGAUCGCACUAUUAGUAGCGGUUCGACCUCUAGCAAUUUGGGUGAAUCGCUCACGAGGGUAAGCAGCGUAACUAGCGUACUUAAACGAUUGUUCAGUAAGGAUGAUAGAACGGACGGAAGUGCCACGAAUAUCGCCAAAACAUCAGGAAAGAUGCCGAGCUCGAGUUCAGCGGCAUCAUUGCAAGUACGACAAUCCCAAGCUGCAGGUGGCUCCAUGAGAAUAGGCGUCAUCGAGGAAGUCGACGAGCAGAUGACACUUACAUCGUUAAGACAAUCAAACGACAAUAGGCCCCAUGUACAAAGUAUCUUUGCGCAAGGACCGCCACCACCGAGUGAUCCCGUUGACGUUCCAGGUGUCGCACAAUCUUACAAACGUGAGACAUUUUCUAGGAGUGCACCCGCACGAGCAGGAACUUUGGCUGCAGCGAGUAGUAUAGAACCUUCGCAUGAAAGACGAGAUUUUAGGACACAGGAAUCUACACAGUCGAUGAGAUCGAGCGCCACUUAUCCCGAACCGGCGAGUUUUCCUGGUAGUGGAAUAAACGAUGAUCUGUCCAGCAUUACGAGCUCUUCGACAAGUUCCAGCGACAAUGCCGAAAGCGAAUUUACGAAAUUGAAAACUGAGAGGAAAAAACAGAGGCGUAACCGUAAGCUCGCUCGAAGUGCUAGUCGCUUAAACGAUGACGAAUCGAGAAGUCUUCCCGAUUCGGAAACUCUUUUACUAACGGAAUUAGCAGACGCAUCGCGACUAUGUAUGAAGAAACGCGACGAAAGCGAUCAAACUUAGAAAAACCUUACCUUUAUCUUAUCGACGAUUCGCCUAAACAAGCUUUAAUUGCAACAAAAGUUGUUCAAUCGAAGUAAAAAAAUAAUAUGAUGAUACGUUAUCGUGCAAAUGGUGGAUUUGUUUCGCGCCUUCGAUGUACUUAUAAAACAUUAUAUUAUGAAACAAAUAAUAAUUUAUAAUUGUCAUUAUCAAACGAUGAUGAUUAUUAUACGCAUAUAAUAUUAUGUGCAACAACGAAACGUUUAUAAAGGAUUAGAAUAUUUUUUACAUGAGUAUAUACGCCGCAUAACGCCGCAAUAUCGUCGUGCGAAAGUUCUUCGCGAAAACCAGUCGAGGAAAAGUUUAAAUUGCAAUUUAAUUAUAAGUGAGGAACACAAUUUUUUUUUAUUUUUUUUAGUAAGAAUUUAAAUACAGCGAGGAAUUUAAUUAAUUUUGAUUACAACAGUUACGCACAAGAUAUUUUUAUAAUUUUUCUCGAGCAAAGAAGAGGCGUAAGAUCAGACUGAAAGAUGUUUAUUAAUGAAAACUUGUUAAUGCUCAAUCAAAAAUAUUUAAUCCAACCUUUCGAUUCGAAACAAAGCAGAUAAUAAGAAAGUGGCUAGUUUCUGGUUAUAUUCUAGUUUUAUAUCGAAGAAAUUACGAGAACUUCAUCUUUCGAAAUUAUAAAGAUGAAGGAUUUUUAAUGUACACAAAUGAAAAGAAUCUUUAAGCGAAAUCUAUAUUAAAAUACUUUUAUAUUUAAUUUUUAUUUCCUUCACGCGAAUUCUCGCGAAUUUAAUUCUCUUAAUAUUGCACACCACUGUGUCUUAUAGCUAUACGCGUAAACGACUUGAUUGUUGCUGGUAAUUUUCGAUUAACAUUCCACGAUGUACACGAUUUGUUACGGUGCUCGUAUGUAAACCGUUUGUUUCGCAGUAUUAU